GAAUAUCAGAAAGCCGAAACAGAACAAUGUACACCAGCUAAACAAGAACCAAAAGAAUUCGUAAAUAAUGAUAUUGAACAAGACAAAAAUACCUACAAAAAAUUCAAAAAUAAUGAACAAAAAAAAGAAAUAUUGGAGGAAAAAAUGAAAGAUUUUGUAAAAUUGUACGUAAAUAAAUCAUCUGGUGAAUGUCAACGUUACAGAUUACAACAACACCUUAAAAAUUAUUCAUCCAGUAACGAAUACAAAAAAUUUAUGAAUAAGUUUGUUAAAUUUUUAAAAGUUCACAACGAUCUCAAUGCACUCAAAUCACAAUUACAUUUCAAUAAUGUUAGAGCAGCUACCAUAAUUUUCAUAGCAGGAUUCUUAUCAAUCUUUGCUAUCUUAUUAACUAUUUCAGCAGUAGCUGCAACAUCUAAAUUCACUAAUAAUAUGCUUGCUAUUGCAGGAGUUGGUGCUCUUGGUUCAGCAUUAUCAUUACCUGGUAUGGCAUUAUUAUUUGUCCCAGCUAUGUUAUAUGUAUUAAAUAGGAAAAGUGAAAUAACAGAUUACUAUAGUGAAAGAAUCAUUAGACAAGUUUCUAAUUUUUAA